AUGGAUGCACUCGACACCCACACUCAACAUCAACACCAGGAUCAUGGAUCCGAUGAGAAUGCCCUCGCAGCUGCUCAAGCUGCUCAAGCUGCUGCCAUCCACCUCGACCUGAACGCACUCCAGGCAGAAUCUCAUCAGCAUGACUUUGAGCAUCAUCUCCAACAGUCAGACUUUGGUCACACCAAGAAUGAUGGUACACCCCACACCGACGUCGAUGUCCAUGGACUCGAAAUCCCUGUCGAGGGCCAGGAUGACAUGUCCCUCGCUGUCAACGACCACUUGACCCUCGCUCUCGAGCAACACACUCAUACCCACACUCCCCAUCACGUCGAUACACAAAGAGCCAGUCCAUACAAUCGCCCACCAUCAAUCCGGAAAGCUUGCGAUCUCUGCCACCAGGCAAAGCAGAAGUGCUCCGGUGACCGCCCAAGCUGCACUCGCUGUGCCCAGGGCGGAUGGUCGUGCGUCUACGCUCCUCGCCAGCGUAGGAGGACCGUCCCCAAGGACCAGAAGCAGAACCUCAACCUCGACGCUCGCGGUGGUAACCCGUAUGGCAUGCUCGGCAAGAAGCGCAAGCUGCAGCGCGACGGCUUGAGCAUCGCCGACCCAAUGGACAUGAGACUCGCCAUGGGUAUGGCCUUGGACCUUAGCCUCGACCAGGAGGACGAGGACGAGGCCCUGCUGUCACUCACCGAGGACCAGAUGAUCGACUCCAUCGCUGUCGACGGUUACCUCGACGACCUUCCCUUGCAGACGUUCGUCAACAACCUUCCCUACAACCAGCCGCAGUCAACAGCGACGACGACGUUCACCUCGAGCGACUUCCCCGACGCAAACGAUGCGUCGUACUCGUCCGAGAUGGACCAGCACACGACCUCUGCGCUCCGCGAUGCCAUUUUCUCCCUUAACGAGUCGUCGAAUGCUGGCGGCCAGAACGAUGGGCCGGUCGACGGCCCGGACGGGACCGACCAGCAGGGAAUGGAAAGCCUUGACGGCCAGGGCCUCGACCCUCACCUUGCCUUGCUCGACCUCUCGCACGCGAUGCCCGUUGAGGACGGCAACAACACGGGCACGGACGGUACCGGCGAGCUCAACCUCGGCAGCUUGGGAGCACAGUACGGCUCUGGGUGUCCCCACGUCUCUCUCGUCCCACGCAUCCUCGCUCUGCUCCACCAGCACCCCCUCGAGCCCAAGCCAGGCUCCAACACACCUCUGUCAAUGUACGUCUUCGCGCCUCUCUCGCGCGCCCUCCGCCUCUUCCACUCGAUCGUCCAGUGUCAGCAAUGCGUCACCUCUCCGUCCCAGACAUUGCCACAGCUCUCCCUCCUCUCGCGCACUACCACCAUCCUCACGUACCCUGUACCACCACCUCCUCCCAAUGCGGCCGGCCAGCCCUCGGCGCAGAUCACGGUACACGGCGCGCGCCUGGCGAUGACAGGCAUCAGCGAGGCGAUAGAGCAGCACAUUGUCGGCGUCAUCUGGGACUCGUGGCGCGCCAGUGUGCGCGAGAUCUUCCAAGCGUUCGAGCGCAAGGCGCAGGAAGUCAUCCAGCAGAACGCCCAACUCGCAGCCGAGCAGGGCGGCCAGCCACCACCCUCGAGUGCCGAGACGCAGCGUGCCGGUCUGAUGUUCCAGGCCAUGUCGCGUCUGGUGUGCGCGAUGAACGAUGUGGAGCGUGACUAG